AUGUUAGAUAAUAGAAUUAUUGAACUUUCGAAUUCCCCUUGGGCUUCUCCUGUUGUUAUAGUUAAGAAAUCUGAUGAAUCUUCAAAGUUUUGCAUAGACUAUCGGCGUUUAAAUUCCAUUACUCAAAAAGAUGUUUAUCCAUUACCUGUAUCGAUGAUUGGGUACUUUCAAGUACCUUUAACACCUGAAAAACGUGCUAAAACUGCAUUUACAACUUCUGAUGGUCUUUGGGAAUUUACCAUAUUACCUCAAGGAUUAAAAAAAUUCACCAUCAGUUUUUCAAUGAUUAAUGAACCAAACCCUUGGAUGAUUACCUAUAAUAAAUGUGCAUUUUUUCAACAUGAAAUUUCAUUUCUUGAUCAUAAAAUUAAUGCUGAUGGUUGUUCAUCUAAUAAUGAUAAUAUUCGUUCUAUUACUCAAUUUCCUUUACCUCAAUCCAGUAAAGCUGCUCAUUCUUUUUUACAAAUGGUUGGCUUUUAUCGAAAAUUUAUUCCUCGAUUUCCUCAAAUAUCAGCACCACUCAAUGAAUUUACUCGGAAAGGUUUUCCAUUUAUAUGGACUGAAGCAGAACAAUUAUCAUUUGAUCAAUUAAAAGACGCUAUCAACUCUUCUGCGGUUCUUAUUCUACUUGAUCCUUCACAACCAUAUGUUAUUCGUACAGAUGCUUCACGUGCCGGUAUAGGUGCUGUACUAUUACAAAAGCAACCUCCUGAUUAUAGAGAUAAAUCAACUACAUCAAUAUAUAAAUCAGUUGCUUUUGCAUCAAGAAGUUUAAAAGCAGCUGAAAAAAAAUAUUCUGCUAUUGAACUUGAAGCAUUAGCUAUUUGGUGA